UCUGCCAACAAUUCGCAUAGCAAUUAAAUUAAAAAAUUGAAAAUAAAUAAGAACAGAUCAACAGUCAACGUCCUCCUGCACGUCUACUAAUCACGCAUUAGAGCAUUAAGUAUUAAAAAACGCCAACAGAAUGGUUCAAGAAAAAUUCGACAACAAGCGGCAGCUGCUGCUGCUGGCGCUGAUGCUGAUGCUGGUCGCGUGCCUCUCGAUCUGCGUCCAGGGCCGACCGUCGCCGGACGCGGGCGUUGGGCCUGGAGCAGCGGUACAGCUGCUGGUGGACCCCAGCGAAUAUCCCGGCAAUCUGCCGCCGGAGACCAUUCUGAAGGUGCAGCAGUGCGAAAAGGACCAGACAACCAUGGAGCUGUGCAUGCGCUGCGCCAAGGUCACCAAAUCGGAAAUCAUCUAUCCCAUGUGCUGCAACAACGACGACAGCGUCAAGGACUGGUGCCACGACUAUGUGUAUUAUGGCAACGACGAGGGCUACUAGCUGCUAGCGAGGCUUUCCCCCAGAUGAGGUCGUUGUCCCUUAGGCUACUUACUUUCUGAAAUCUAAUAAAAUUCCUUGCAUCCUGCAAACACUGCGGGUCUAUUGGCUGUGAUAUUUAAGGCAAUAUUAAUGUUUAUGCUUACACAAACCUACCUGUAACUAGAAAUAAAUACACAUUUGCGCUAUGAGCUGCAUAAGAACACGAAAAUCAAUCCGCUCCAUUCUAAUCAUCAGCCGAAAAACGACAACAAACAAUCUACUUGUUUAGAAGUUGUCGAUAGGAUGUCUAUAGAAGGCCAAAUUUCA